GCACACAGAGGACGCAUAGAUCACAUCCGGGGCUGGUUUAUAAACGUCCAACCCGGAAAAAAAGACAACUCUUCUUGUAAUCGGAUCACACAAACAAACAGCAGAGAGUGUGAGAGCACUGGUGCACGCCGGCACACCGGCUUGGAUAAUGUGCGCUGUUUUGUAAAAAGUUGUUAAAAGUUUUAGUCUAACAUGCUCGUUAUCUGCCGAACUCUGGUCCGGGUUAAGGGCGCUGGCUGUGGCGCACACUGACUGACUCCACAGAGGUGAUAUGUGAUAGCAGCAGCAUGCCGUACGUGGACCGGCUGAACCGUGUAUGUGGCUUCCUGGACGUCGAGGAGAAGGAGAACAGCUGCCGCUUCCAGAGGCGAUACUUCAUCCUCGACACGCAGGAAAAUGCCCUCCUGUGGUAUAUGGACAACCCUCAGAACCUGCCCACUGGAGCUAGCUUUGUUGGCAACCUGAGACUAACCUACAUCUCAAAGGUGAGCGAAGCUACAGUGAAGCAAAAGCCAAAGACAGAGUUCUGCUUUGUCAUCAAUGCUGUUUCUCGGAGGUACUUCCUCCAAGGCAACGAUGUGACUGACAUGAGGGACUGGGUGGCGGCUCUCAACAAGGCCAGCAAGAUCACUGUUCCCAAGUCUGGCCCUGCACCUCCAAGGUCCGUUGUGACCGCAGUCAUCAGCGACACUCAGGGAGGGAAGAGACAACACGCCUACAAGACCGAGAUCAUCGGUGGCGUGGUGGUGCACACUCCCAUCCAGAAUGAGAGCGAAGAGACAGAAGGGAGAGAGAGGAAAGGCAACAGGCCAGGCGUGCUGAGGUGCGGUUACUGUGUCAAACAAGGAAAUGUGAGGAAGAGCUGGAAGAGGAGGUUUUUCACCCUGGAUGACAAUGUAGUCAGUUACUACAAGUCUGAGAUGGAUAAGGAGCCUCUCCGAGCUAUUCCACUGAGGGACAUUCAGAAGGUCCAUGAAUGUCUCGUCAAGUCAGGGGACCUCCUGCUGAGAGACAACCUGUUUGAGAUCAUCACCAGCUCCCGAACCUUCUACAUUCAGACAGACUCUCCAGAGGAGAUGCAUAGCUGGAUCAGGGACAUCGAGUUGAAGAUCCAGGACUUCAGAGGUCCCCCUAAGAGUUUUGCAUUUAAACGUGCCUCCUCUCUCUAUCGGAGUCACAAUGCCUCCUCAGCAUCUCGAGGUCAACAGAUUGACGAGCGCAGACCUACACUGGUCAAGUCCUGCUCUGUGGCGCCGGGCUGGCAGCCCUGGACGCCCGUCCCUCCGGGUGAGCCCUCCAUCCUGGAUGCAGAUGAUGAAGACAGUGCUUUCAGCUCUGUGCCCACCUUGCCUUCUCUCUCCUCCUCCUCCACCUCUUCCUCCACUUCCUCAUCCUCCAACUCCCUCUCCGCCCCAGCCCCUUGCCACAGCGUACCUCCAGCGGCUUCAAGCAGCGCCAUGGGGAUGCUCACAGCGUCAGGAGAUGUGGCCAGCGGGCGCCGGAGGCACCGCUCGCAGCCUCAGUCUCACACCGGCUGCAGCUUCCCCUUCAGCCUGGAUGACGACGGCAUCCGCACCACGGACGUCUAAGUUCAGUGAAGUCUGUCCAGACUCCUGCGUGGACAUGAGUGUUGGUACUUGCUUUGAAAUGAAUGUGACUGGUAAUAAUAGUAUUCCCUGCUAAUGAAGUGACACUGUGACCAUCCGCCUCAACGCCAUGACGUGAGAUUGGGGCCUCCUGCUGGUCAUGUAGCUGUGUUGCAGAGGAUGCGCCCAGCUGGAAGGGGACCAAGAGGCACAGUUUUUGUAGUUCACAGGACUGUGAAGAAGUACGAUGGAGUGUUUUUAGUGCAACUUCCUUUGAAAACUUGAAUAAUCUUGUUGUUAAUUGUUCUUGCAGACUUACAAAUAAUGGCACAUGCUUUCAACCUGUUGCACUUAGCUCCCCUCGGAGAUAUAACUCUGUCAUCAAGAACGUGUUCUCGGGCGCCUGGGUUAGCUCAGUUGGUAGAGCGGGCGUCCAUGUAUCAAGGCUUGGUCCUGACCGCGGCGGCCCGGGUUCGAAUCCGGCCUGUGGCCCUUUCCGCAUCCACUCUCUCUCUCCCCCCUUUCCAAGACUCUAUCCACUGUCCUCUCAAUAAAAUGGAAAAUGCCCCCAAAAAAAUAACUUUAAAAAAAAAAAAAGAACGUGUUCUCACCCCUGCUAGAAGUAUUCUCCAAGAAGUGUUUGAAGGCAUUUAAACACAUUAGUAUGCAUAUGUUUUAUAUAUAUAUAUUCAAGCAUAUUCACACAAAUAAUUUGGGUCUUUUUAGUUUCUUUUGAGCCCAGCAGUGUUUUUUGUUCCCUCUUUCUUCCUGAGAUGCACAUUAUGUGACGUCCACUUAACUUCAUUAAUAAUUAACAAGCAUUUGUUUACUAACAUCUAAUCAGGUGUCUGGGGGGGAAACUAAAAGUGUAGGUCUCAUAAGAAAGGUACGUGCACUCACAUGCUAACUGACGAGGGCUCUUCUGUUGUCAGCAGCAGCUUUUAAUGUGUUAUGUUUUUAAACAGGAGCUUUUAAUACGUGGCUUAAAGAUCAAUCGUCAGUAAACUGUGACUCCUCUCUUAGCUCUUAACAGGGUACCGUAAUAAUACAGCAGUGUUUUAGAUGGUACUUGUCGUAGAAUGUACUGCCAGCAUCGAAGUACAGCUGAUCAGCUGGUUGACAGCUUUGUAAAUGUGAUUUUCUUAUUCCAGCAUUAUGUGGGGAAAAUGUGCCACUACUUCUGUUAAUUGAAUUGUAAUUCCGCACUUUGCUUUUCUCCUUUUUACUUGUGUUUUUUUUUUUUUUUUUUGCUUUCACAGCAGAUAUUACAGCUUCCUCAGAUACUUUGUAUUGUUACACCAGUAGUCUCAGCCCUCCUCAGAUUCACCUUAAGACUUCAUUGAUGUGGUACCAUGUUCACGCCUGUUUCCGGUUUCUGAAGCUGUGUGCACUCGUCUGCCUGCAUAUAAUGUUAAUUUUUCUUUCCUGUACAUUAAAUGAUGCUUUUUAUUUGA